AUGACUGAGGAAGACUGUACUUGUACACCUGAGAGAGUCAUGCAGUUUUUGCAAAAAAUGGCUGCGGUAAGUGCUGAUCCAUCUCUUUGCGACCCGGAGUCGGACUCGAUAUACCUAUGUGGAAAUUCACUAGGACUCAUGCCGAAAGCUACGGAACGAAUCAUGCAAGAGCAGCUUGACAAAUGGGCCAAAAUGGGUGUCUUCGGUCACACCAAAGGAGAACUUCCAUGGGCUCAUUGUGACGAACAUGCCCUAGAAGGAGUAGCACAGCUUGCUGGUGCAAAACCUGAGGAAAUUGCACUGUGUAAUGGUCUCACUGUUAACAUCCAUGUGUUGCUAGUGUGUCUCGCCCCACGCGAAGGUGAGGUAUGUUUGCGAAAAGAAGAUAUUCUGUCUUAUAUUGAAGAACACGGAGAAGAGAUAGCGGUUAUAUUCCUGCCUGGAAUCCAGAACACAAAAAUCUCGUGCAAGAUAAUAACGCCGUCUGAAUUUCACGAGAGAGGAUGCCAACUUUCCCUCCAAUUUUCUAUAUCCAUUGACGUCAUUUAUAAGGAACUUGUAAAGCGCGGUGUUGCGGUUGACAAGAGAUAUCCGGACGUAAUUCGCGUCACACCUGUGCAUCUCUACAACAACUAUGUGGACUGCCGGCGAUUCAUUACUGCACUACAGGAAGCCUGUGCCGUUGCUGAAGCAUCGCUUUGA